CCGGGCAGAGUGUGGACGUGCGUCUCGCUCACUCCGGCCGUGCGCACUCUCUCGCCGCGGGCCAAGGGAGGCUGUAGACGUGUGCCGCAUCACGGUAGAUCCCCAGGUCUUACAGCAUGAUGUCAUUCACUCAUCUUAUAGUCAGAACAUUGACUUUCUUGUAAAGAAGUACAAGAUUUUAAUGAAUUUUGUUUUUACCUUUUUCUUUUAUAUUUCGGUGCAGUGAAUGUGUUUCUGUAAAAAUCAUCGAAAUGUAAACAGGAAAAAUUUCAUGGAACUAAAGAAACUAUUUUUUCUAUGGGCAUAAAAACACAUUUUAUAUGAUGAAACAAACACUAAUAAAUUAUUAUCCGGAAAACACUAAUGUGUACAGACGUUAAGAAAGUUGGUGGUCAAGAGACAUACGAGUUACAAUCAGAAAAAAAACUUCAUGAGUGUGUUGUAGAGUGUGCGAGUAACCUGGUCAUGUAAGUAACCUGGUCAGAGGAAUGUUAGUUUGAGGAAACGUUUCAGAUUUAUAAUAGAAACUAAAAUAAAUAAAAUUACUUUCACAAGAGUAAUGGGAAAUGUCCAACCACAAUCAGGGAGAGAAAAAGGUGUGUUGCUUGUGUCAUUAACUAAUGAAUGCAGCCUUGGCCUGCCUCACCCCUCACCUAACUGGGAAUAAAGACUUGAACUGUCAGCUUCUGUAGAACGCUGACGAAGGUGACUGGGAGGCCGACGUUUUGUUCCUGCUGAAGAUCUCGGUGUCUGGUGAGAAGACGAUGAUGAGAGAGAAGGUGGGUAAGCGUGUGUGAGGGAGUGAGGUGAGGCUCAAUCACUAGUCUCUCACGCCCACUGCUGGCCACCAGGCUCUCUUGCACACACUUCCACUCGCAUACAUAUACCACGGGAAUCUACCAUGCUACUAUAUUUUCAUUGCCUGGUAGGAAAUAACUGAUACCCUCUGAGUGUGUAAUAGACUAUAUCAAGUUACUGUGUUUAACUGAGGCAAAGAUGUGUGGUAAGACUGAACCUUGAUAGUCUACUGAAGGUGAAGACUAAACAUACUCGGUUGACUAUAUUGUGUGUGGUGUACGGAGUGUUCUAUAUUAGUGAAGUCUUCUUGAACAAUAAAACGAAGAUCAACAUCGACUACGGUCAGUGAGGAAUAAUUUUGCCGGGGAGCUGUGUAGAGAUCUUGGUGUGCCAGGCUCAAGACCAUGGACGUGCUCACCUGGGCAACACUCUUCAUGCUUAUCAGCAUACAUGGCUCCAAGCCGGCGGCUUCAUUCUCGGCGUCCAGCGGGAAGGUAUACACCAGGCUGCAGGCAGCCAGUGCCGCCGCGAUUACCACCUACACCUCCAGCUACACCACCAGCAGCAGCGCCACCACCAUGGUGAAGCCCGCUUUAAUAUUCCCCAACGUGCUGACACAGAAGAUGGGCAACAGCGGCUCCACAGCCGUGUUUACGCCUCCUGCGAGAUUCAGUAACCAAGUACUUCCUUCCUUUGCCAACACCACCUCCGUCAACGCCACCGUCAUCAGGGACAAGACCGCAUAUCUCCACUGUCACGUCCUCAACAUCGGCACAAAAACAGUGUCGUGGGUGCGUCACGAGGACAUCCACGUGCUGACAGUAGGUCGCCUCACUUUCACUAAUGACGACAGGUUCGAGGCUAUGAACAAGCCGGGGUCGGACGUGUGGUCACUCAGGAUCAAGUUUCCUCAGUUACGAGAUUCUGGCAAGUAUGAGUGUCAGGUGUCGACGAGGCCGCCCAGGGCACGAGUCAUCACACUCAACGUGGUAGAGCCACGGGCGGUGAUACCCCCAGGGCCGGAGCUGUACGUAGAUCUCGGGUCGCCCCUGAACAUCACAUGCAUGGUACCGGACAGCCCGGAGCCUCCGGAAAACGUAUUCUGGUACCACCGUGACAAGAUGGUGUCGUUUGAUGGGUCGCGGCAGGGCGUGACCAUCAACACGGACAAGGGCCCCGUCACCACCAGUAUCCUGCUUAUCCCCGACGUCACAGUGCAGGAUUCCGGCGUAUACAUCUGUGCGCCGCAGGGCAUGAAGGAAGCAUCUGUCAGAGUUAGUGUGCUAAAUGGAGAACUGCCACAGGCGAUGCAGACAGGGUCCACCUGCCGAGGCUGUGUUGGCUCCUACGUGCUGCUGCUGUUGACCAUAAUCUACCAUUUCUUGCUGUGAUGGCCACCUAGUGCUGCGAUGACUAUCUGCUGUUGUGAUGGCCUCCUGCAGCUUCUGUGAUGGCCUCCUGCAGCUUCUGUGAUGGCCUCCUGCUGCUGUGAUGGCCUCCUGCUGCUGUGAUGGCCUCCUGCUGCUGUGAUGGCCUCCUGCUGCUGUAAUGGCCUUCUACAGAUGCUGUAAUGGAGUUUUACAGCAGCUGUGAUGGGUUUUACAGCUUCUGUAUUGGCUUCCUGCAGCUACAGUGAUGUCCUUCCGCAACUGACGUAAUGGACUAUAACUGUUGUGAGAGGCUGCCGUUGCGAUCGUCACCUGCUGCUAUGGUGGCCUCCUACAGCUGCUGUGUUGGCCUCCUACAACUGCUGUGAUGGCUUGCUACAGCUGCUGUGAUGGCAUCCUAAGGUGCCAUGAUGGCCUCCUACAGCUGCUGUAAUAUACUCCUACAGCUGCUGGGAUGGCCUCCUACAGCUGCUGUGAGGGCUUGCUACAGCUGCUGUGAUGGCAUCCUAAGGUGCCAUGAUGGCCUCCUACAGCUGCUGUAAUGUACUCCUACAGCCGUUGUGAAGGCCUCCUGCUGCCUAUCAUCACCCAAUGCCUUGAAGCGCCUGGCCUCGACACAUGGAGAGCAGUAGCCUCACACACGACCAUCAGCAACACCCCAGCUCUCUCUAACCACAUGGACACCCCCUUGAAGAACACACCUGAUAGUUUUGUUAGUGGUCUUUGUAGUUCGUCGACCACAUGAGAAUAUUCAGGGACUCGUGAUUUUUUUUUUCGUUCUUUAAGUUCGUGCACCUAUAUCGCCUUUACAUGAGUGUUCCAUUCAACAGUAGAUUAAAUAAUCCCUGCCACUUCAUGUUACAGUGGAGCGCUGUAAACUACACUACUGUGAUGAAAUUACCCAUUUUAGACAAUAGUAGUUAUUUCUUCCCCGAAAAAGUUAAACUACAAAAAUGUCCGCUAAACAUGGUGAGAUGGAUGUGUUAUCAUGAUGUGACAGCUUAGGCAGUAUAACUAUGUGAGGCACAUGGCUACGACGCACAAUACGUUACACCUUCACAUAUUGACACUGGUGAAGUUGUUAUUUCUUAAGAUUUUUUAUACCUGAAAAAAAGUUCUCUAAAAUAUUGUUUACAUAGAAUUUAAAGCGUAAUAUCAAUACCAUUUUUUUUUCGUAAAAGUUUGAGAUAUAUCCACAAGACAGGCAAUACUUUGCCAAGAUAUUUUUAAAUAUCUUAUCUAUUUUACCAGCAGAUGUUAGGCGUAAAUUUAGGUUUGGUUUCAUUAUACUGAGUUGCCUAAAACUAUAGUUAAUUAAUUCAAAUAUGUUAGUGGCUCUGAGGCAAAACAUCAUCAGGUUUGGUCACAGUCUGUUAAACUUGCCAAAGUAUUACUGAGGACACAAGUAUGGUCACAAGGAUAGAACAUAUCAAUCAGAUUUCCGCGACGAUAUUGUUCGUACGUGCACUACAAUACUGUCACCUGCGCGGCCUUUGAAUGGACACCACUCUCAAAGUUACUCACACAUGACUUAAUUUUUUCAUGGACAAGCAAAAACACUAAACAUGGGCCCUUCGUGCCCUUGUGAAAGUUUGAACGCUCGUGACAGCGUACAGCGAAUGAGGGUGCGCCAAGUCCGUAGACUUGCAUGGUUAACUAGGUUGUGCCAAGUCCGUACACUUGCAUCGUUUUCCAUCGUAAAUAAAAUUUUUAAUUAAUUCCUUCCUAAAGAAACCAUCGAUAUGGGGCCAGGUUUGUUCUACUCUACGAUUUUUUUGCGAUUUUUCCACCAAGUUUGAUGAAAAACGAUUGUGCCGUUUCGGCUGCCCAGAACAGACAGACAGACGGCUAGUCCUAUAGUAUAUUAGAUUACACUAUUGGGUUAGAAAGUUACAGUGCAUCUAAUGAUUCAAAAAUAAAAUCAGUAGGAGGGCAAAUAUGAGUAAAAUAUCAGUUUUGAAUGUAAAAAACGAAGCUGAAAUAAGAGAAUAAUUCUAAUUUUUAAGAAAAAAAUUCUCCUCCCUCAAACCUGCAGUACAAAGUGAAUUUUGUAUAUCCAAAAGAUAAUAUGAAUUUGAACACAUAUUAUGAUAAUUUGUUCCACUGUGGGAAGAUGAUAUUCUGUAGUCGAGAUGAUGGUAUGUCGCAGCCAGGGUGACCUUACAGUAGGUCACAGAUAUAGAGUCCAUAAUAAUAACAAUAUUAACAUGGCUGAGCCAGUUAAGAGCCUUGGCUCUCUUGAAGGCACCUGAAAUACUGUACAUUUGUCUCAAAGAAAUAUUAUGGAACAUUUAGUAUCAUCUGAAAUAGUACAUUUAACUCGGGAGAAGUGAAAAAGAAAGUUGUGAUGAAGGUUAAUUAAGUCAGGUUAACUAAGAUCAAUUCCUCACCAUAGAAGCACAGGAGGGGGUGUUGAGGUUAGUAGAAGCUGUUUGAGUCAGUAUCUGGCCAGAGUAUCUUGGGAGACGUUAACAAUAGAAGCUGUUAGGGUCAGCAUUUGGCCAGUAUGUGUUGGGAGACGUAAACAGUAGAAGCUGUUAGGGUCAACAUCUGGCCAGUGUGUGUUGGAAAAGGUUAGGUGUAGCUUUGUUGAUGCAUCAUAUCAGGUAGGGUAAAAUAUUUCACAGGUGUCGUAAAACUCUUUUGCUGGGAACGAAAAUUACAGAACGAUAUAUUUUAUGGACAGGUUGCUGCUUUGUUUCGGCCAAAAUGAGCAUGCCUCAAUAAACCUUGUCACCAUUCUUUAAAAAAAUUAUGAUUUAGUUUGUGGGUGUAAACAGUGGGUAACACAGUUGCGUUUAUAGCCAUAUACUUGUAUAUACAGGUAUUCACAUACCAUCAGUGUUGAUAUCAAACUCAGUUUGUUACAUUUUUUUUAUGAAGGUUAAAG